AUGAGCUCUACCUUUGUGUUUCAAGCAGGCCCCGGGUGCGGGGUGUGCACCCCCCGAAGCUGCCCGGGCGCCGUGCCGCUCCCCGUGCCGGCCCCUGACCCGCUAUGCCCACGUUCACCGUGCCCCCCGAGCCCCCUGAUCGCCGUGCCCCCCGAGCCCGCCGUGCCACCCGAGCUCCUGGUCGCCGUGCCCCCUGAGCCCGGUACCACCGUGCCCCUUGAGCCUGGUAUCGCCGUGCACCUCGAGCCCGCGGUCGCCGUGCCCCCUGAGCCUGGUGCCACCGUGCACCUCCAGCCCGCGGUCACCGUGCCCCUUGAGCCCCUGUUUGCCGUGCCCCCUGAGCCCGGUGCCACCGUGCCCCUUGAGCCCCUGUUUGCCGUGCCCCCUGAGCCCGGUGCCACCGUGCCCCUUGAGCCCCUGGUUGCCGUGCCCCCCGAGCCCGGUGCCACCGUGCACCUUGAGCCCCUGGUUGCCGUGCCCCCCGAGCCCGGUGCCACCGUGCACCUUGAGCCCCUGGUUGCCGUGCCCCCCGAGCCCGGUGCCACCGCCGCCGUGCCCCUUGAGCCCCUGGCUGCCGUGCCCCUUGAGCCCCUGGUUGCCGUGCCCCCCGAGCCCGGUGCCACCGUGCACCUUGAGCCCGGUGCCGACGUGCCCCCCGAGCCCCUGGUCGCCGUGGCCCCUGAGCCCGGUGCCACCGUGCACCUCGAGCCCGCGGUCACCGUGCCCCCUGAGCCCGCGUUCGCCGUGCCCCCCGAGGCCCUGGUCGCCAUGCCCCCUGAGCCCGGUGCCGCCGUGCCCCUUGAGCCCCAGGUUGCCGUGCCCCCUGAGCCCGGUGCCACCGUGCCCCUUGAGCCCCUGGUUGCCGUGCCCCCCGAGCCCGGUGCCACCGUGCACCUUGAGCCCGAGAAGCAUGAGUUUGGUGGUUGCGGCCUGGAGGGUGUUGGGCCACCCUGCCGGCUUGCCGCGGUCCUCACAGUAUGCACCUGCGGCUCUUGGGGCAGGACACCCGCGCUGUUACUGCUGAAAAGCCUGAAAGUAGGACUCAAGGGGGAGAGGGUUUUUUUUCCCUUCAGUGAUUCAGAUUCGGAUAGUUCAUCAACUACAUUCUCCUCUUCGUCGUCAUCAGUAUCUGAUGAAGAUGACCAUCCAAAUGAAAAGAAUAACAGGUCUUACUGUAUUAGGACAAAGGAUGAGUUGCCUAUUGAGGAACUGCCUCCUGUUGAAGACUUAUCGAUAAUUCUUCCAGAUAAUGUUGAACUGAAGAUGUUUGGGACAGUUUCCAGCAUCAUUGAUCAGCUAGUAAUAAUUGAAUCACUGAAAGGCCUACCUCCAGUAAAUGAGGAAAGCAUAAUUUUUAAAGAAGAUAGGCAAGCAGCAGGAAAGAUAUUUGAGAUAUUUGGUCCUGUUUCGCAUCCUUUUUAUGUGAUAAGAUUUAACAACUCUCAGCAUAUCAAAGAGAAAGGUAUUAAUGUGCAAGAUAGCAUGUAUUUUGCUCCAUCAGUGGAGGACUUCACCCAGUAUAUAUUUGCAGAGAAACUAAAACAGGAAAAAGGUUCAGAUGCAUCUUGGAAGAAUGACCAAGAACCACCACCUGAAGUUUUGGAUUUCAGUGAUGAUGAAAAAGAAAGAGAGGCAAAAGAGAAGAAAAAGAAGCCUCAAAGUCGGGGAAGAAAGAAAGCCAGAUCAGAAACAUUUCCAUCAAGUGAGAAUAAUGAACUUCUUCAGUCAGUGCAACGGCCUGCUUCAAGUUACUCAAGGGGAUACUAUGGCAGAGGGUUCUCCUUCUCCAGGGAUCGAUUUCCUCCUCCAUCAGGCCCUCGAGGGUUUUUCAGACCGAAUGUAAGACCACCACAACUGUACUUUUCAGAUAGGAGGAUAUACCAGGAGUCACCAGUGUUUCCACCACCUCCUAGAAGAGAAAAUCCAAUGAUGCAACAGUAUGCCUUUCCUCCUCCAGAUUUUGGUUAUCUCAGUGAUGCGCAUCACUUCUACCCUCUGCCUCCAAACAUGAAUAUGAUGUGGGGAGGCCCAAACAUGUACAAUUCAUGCUAUUCAUUUCUGCCACCACCACCACCGCCACCACCGCCUCCACCACCUCCUCCUCUAGACAGCCAUCCUCCUCACUUCAGGCAUUACUGAGAUUCCUUACGUGUCCAUGUGGAGUGCUGCAGUUUACAGGAGAAAGAACAGCCUGCCAGGACUGCAUUCCCUUAUUUUGGAGAUGCUUUCUUUUACUGCAGCUGUAGAACAAAUGCAGAGUUUUGUGCUUUGUGGGACAUCCAUAGAAAAUUAUUUUUUUUCUACAUAUGUUUUCUGUUUCCAAAAAGAAAUUUAUAUGAUAAAAGUAACUGAAUAUUAAGUAAUGGUUUAUUUUUAUAAUACCUUCUACUUUAAUACGAAA